GAAUAUUAUGGACAUUAACAUUAGAGUUUAAUGCUAAUAAAUUUUCACCUUCCGAUUCUCUCUCUGGCUCAUCCACCACCGCCAUCAAUCUCCGUUCAUCCUCCGAACUAUCAUUAUCCAUAGAUCUUCCUUGCUGGCCUUGUUUCUGAGUUGUCAUAAUCCUCAUAGGUCCGUACAAAUCUUCGAUGACACGGAGGUGAAAAACCUCGCCGUUUAUCUUUACAUCGAUAAAUUCAGCCACCACAACUUGACAGGAAGUUCUAAUCAUGAGUCUCGCUACAUCCAUAUUGGUUUAAAAGACUAUGGACCCAUCUACAGCGCAGCAGACGACAGACACCAUCAAUGAAAGUUUACCUGCUAUACCUGUGGUGCCAUAUGACCGGUUGUUCCCUUUCUUGUUUCCCCAUAUUGACCAAGACAAAGUCGAUGAAAUUCAAGCUUUAUUCGAGAAAUAUAAGAGAGAUGAAAUAAUACCCAAGUCUAGGUUUUUUGCGCGUGUGACAGACAUUGUGGGAAUGCAGCUGGUUUAUUCAGCAACGAUGCAACUGCACGAACAACAGAAUAAAAAUCGUCAGGUCCCAGUCAAUGAACAGUUUACAACACAACAGAUGAGUAAUCUACAAAUCACAGACACAGUCAAUGAACUUCAAGUUUUAUUCAACAUGUUGCCAUAUGACCAAGACAAAGUCGAUGAGAUUCAACCUUUAUCCGAGAAACCGAGAGAUGAACAGGCAGACAUUGUGUCUACUUUUUCCCCACUUAUGACAGACAUUUUGGAGGAUCAGCUGGUUUCACCAUCAUUGGCACAAAUGCAAGAACAGAAAAGCAAUCUACAAGUCACAGUCAAUGAACAACCUAGAACCCAAAUCAAUUCUAGUAAAGUGGUGUUGACAUUUGAUCAGCUGUUCCAUCUCCUGGCUCCCCAAAUUGGCAUAGAGAAAACCAUUGACCUUUACUAUUUUGGUAAAAAAUGCCAGAGAGGUGAGAUACCCAAGUGUAAUAUUACACCGCUUAUGAAAGACAUUGUUGGGGAGCCAGCUUUUAGAUCAGCAGUAGCAACACUUCUAAGACAGAAAAGCAGUCAACAAGUCACAGUCAAUGAACAACCUGGAACCCAAAUCAAUUCUGGUAAACCGGUGGCGACAUUUUACGAUAUGUACCGUCUCUUGUCUCCCCAAAUUGGCCUAGACAAAAACAUUGACCUUUACUUUUUAGCUGAUAAAUACCAGAGGGGUGAGAUACCGGCGUCUAGUUUUCUACCGCUUGUGCAAGGCAUUGUGGGGGAGCCGGUUUUUAGAUCAGCAGCACAUACACUGCUAAGACAGAUAAGAAACGAACAAAUUCUUCGGGCACAUCUCUCUAGAAGUAUGAAUGCUUCUACAGACUGUUCUCAUAAUACCUGAGUUUGGACAGGGUGUGUAGGUUAAUUUAAUUCACAUUGCUGGACCCUGAUAAAGUGUUGUUGGUAUGUGUGUGAUAUUAGUAUAGCAAGUUGUGAGUUGGUUAAAUGUUGAUGGAUUUUGUCAGCUUCCUUUCGGAACCUUCUUCUUUGCUCCUACUUAUUAUGUGAAAAUGUGGUCUAGUCAUUUAAUUUAUUAGAAUGGAUUUCAAAGCUCAUGAAUCUGAUUGGUGAUUGGUUUAUCUGUCAUGAGUUUGUGAACCUGAUAUUUAUGUUCAUGAACCAUAUAUGUAGUAUUCAAAUAAUCUUACAUAAUUGAAUUCUAAACCAUCCAU